GGGGAUAUAAUUUUUAAUAAUAACAUAAAAAAGAAGUAAAAGAUUUAGAAUUAAGUUGUGUUUAAAAGAAAAGAAAAGAAAAGAAAAACAGUACAUGUGUUGACUGACGGACCAUUAUUAAGGCAUCACCCACCACCGCUGUUGAAAAACGCACCUCAUCUCUACCAGCUCCCUCUUAUUUAUAGGGAACUGAGCUAAGGGAAGGGAGUUGACUCACUCAUAUCCUUCUCAAAGAAUCAAGAUCAAGAUCAAGCGGCGGCCGGCAACAACCAACAACCGAGAUGACUCUUUCUCUCUCCCUUCAACUAAAUGCUCGACUUACACUUACAGGCAAGAAACAAUAUUAUUGGAAACUACGGGGGGACGACUCUGUCUCUACUACAAUAUUGAAACCAAAGGCUACCCAUCUGAGAAUCUCAUCUGGGUAUGAUGGAGGAAACAGAUUCUCCUCUGUUGGAAAUCCUAAAGCAAUCGAUAUUCCUCGACAAUGGUACAAUCUAAUCGCCGAUCUUCCGAGUAAACCUCCACCACCUCUACACCCAAAAACAUUUCAACCAUUGAAGCCCGAGGAUUUGUCUCAUCUCUUUCCCGACGAAUUAAUCAAGCAGGAGACAACCCUUGAACGCUUCAUUGAUAUCCCUCAAGAAGUGCUCGAUAUCUACUCCCUUUGGCGUCCAACCCCUCUUAUAAGGGCCAAGAGAUUGGAGAAACUGCUGGAUACGCCUGCCAGGAUAUAUUUCAAGUAUGAAGGUGUAAGUCCGGCUGGAUCACACAAACCGAAUACUGCAGUUCCACAAGUCUGGUACAAUGCACAACAAGGAGUCAAGAGGAUCGUCACGGAAACCGGCGCCGGCCAAUGGGGAUGUUCACUGGCCUUCGCUUGCAGCUUAUUUGAUAUUGACUGCCAAGUUUGGCAGGUUCGAGCAUCGUUUGAUCAGAAACCGUACAGAAAAAUGAUGAUGCAAACGUGGGGUGCCAAGGUUCAUCCAUCUCCCUCUGAAAUCACCGAAUGUGGAAGAAGAAUUCUGGAAAAGGAUCCGGACAGCCCAGGCAGCCUAGGAAUUGCGAUCUCAGAGGCGGUAGAAGUUGCAGCCAUGGAUGCGGGCACAAAAUACUGUCUGGGCAGCGUUCUUAACCACGUUUUACUUCAUCAGACAGUUAUAGGCGAAGAGUGCAUACAGCAGAUGGAGAUUAUGGGGGAGACUCCUGACGUGAUCAUUGGAUGCGCUGGAGGAGGGUCAAACUUUGGCGGGCUCUGUUUCCCCUUCAUUCGCGAGAAGCUUAAGGGGAGAAUGAAUCCUGUCAUCAGAGCGGUUGAACCCGCGGCAUGCCCGUCGCUGACGAAAGGCGUCUAUGCUUACGAUUAUGGCGAUACUGCCGGAAUGACGCCGCUCAUGAAAAUGCACACAUUGGGACACGACUUCAUUCCGGACCCUAUUCACGCAGGAGGUUUACGUUAUCAUGGAAUGGCGCCAUUGAUAUCGCACGUGUAUGAAUUGGGUUUCAUGGAAGCCAUUUCAAUCCCUCAGAAUGAAUGCUUUCAAGGGGCCAUACAAUUCGCUAGAACGGAAGGGUUGAUUCCUGCGCCGGAGCCGACGCAUGCGAUAGCGGCGGCGAUUAGAGAGGCGAUCCGGUGUAGAGAGAGCGGGGAAUCGAAAGUGAUUCUGAUGGCGAUGUGUGGACAUGGGCACUUUGAUCUUCCAGCCUAUGAAAAGUAUUUGCAAGGAGGUUUGGUUGAUCUUUCUUUUGAUCAAAACAAGAUCAACGCAUCUCUUUCCAACAUCCCAAAUCUAGCUUAAAAAUUACCAAACCCUAAACCCUAAACCAUAAACCCUAAACCGAUCAUCAUCAUUUCUUAACUUAAGUCUCCUCUCUGUAAUAAUAAUAAUAAUAAUGUUGAUGAAAACCAAGGAUAAUCUGCUUGGGUGAGAGAAGAGUCUGCCCAUUUUUCUUUCUUUCUAUGUUAGAUUUUGAUUUAAGCUUAA